AUUACCGAACUUAGAAAGAAAUAUGCUAAUGUUGAGGUCGAAAAGGCUGAACUUGAGGCUAAGAAUACCGAGCUUUUAAAACAGAUUAUGGAAGAAAACAGCAAACGAGAGGCUGAUCAUGCAAAACUUAAAGAAGAUACUACUAACCUCAAGACCAAAAACACCGAGCUUGAAGCUGAGAUAGCGAAAUUAAGACAUGAUAUUGAGGAAAUCAAAAAGAAAGAUCAAACCAUUACUAAUACACAGGAUGCAUUUUCUACAGAAGAGAUUUCGUCUACUUCAUCUGAUAAUGUAUCAAAUUCUAAUGAACUUAAUAAUAUUUCAAAUUCUGAUGUAUCCGAUAACACUUUUUCAGAAACUAAAUCUUUUAAAGAUAGGGAGAUCGAAUUUCUGGAACGGGUACACAAAGAACAGGUUAGAAAUGGGAUUAGAGAAAAAAAGCUAUUACAAAAUAAUGAAGCAUCUCAUAACCAAGAUCCUUUAUUAUAUGAUAAAGAUAAUUCAUCAGAGCAAUCCAAUUUAUCAUAUGAAAUAAAAACCGUUACCAAUGGUAACGAUCAGAACUUGGAAUUGGCAUCUGAUACAAAAACUGUUAAUAUUGAUAAUAAUGCAGAAUUAUAUUCUUCUGAUUUAUCUGACGAAGUAUCGGGACUUGAUAGGAAUCAAAUUACUGAACAGACUUUAAAGCAAGAUUUUACUAAAUCUACUGUUAUAGUAAAAUCCAAUGAGAUAGAUAAUGAACUCUCUUUGGAGAAAAUAAUCGAGGGUUCUACGCAACGCUUGGCUUAUUGGUUUGAAAAAGCCAUCAAAUCCG